ACUUCUUCUUACCCGUGUCAAGGAUGUGGUCUGUCCCACUGCGAGGGAAGUAUCUCGUCUGGACCAUCACAGCAUGCUGCUGUCAAGGGUUCCUUCUUCAGGGAUACGAUCAAGGUGUAAUGUCCGGAAUUAUUGGAGCAGACAAUCAGUUUGGACGGGACUUCAACCACCCUGAUCCCGGUAGGCAGGGCACCAUUGUAGCGAUUUACGAUAUAGGAUGCGCUGUUGGCAGUUUGUUCGCUUUCUUCUUGGGAGAAAGCAUUGGUCGUAAACGCAUGAUUAUGACCGGCGCAUCGAUCAUGUUGCUUGGAACGGCCAUCCUUACCAGUUCGACAACGUUUGCGCAGUUAAUUGUUGGAAGGAUUGUGACCGGUAUUGGAAAUGGCUGUAACUCAUCGUCCAUUCCUGUGUAUCAAUCGGAGACCUGUGGAGGGGAGGUGCGAGGAACUCUCGUCUGUCUAAAUUCAGCUGUCACGAUUAUAGGACUCGUAUUCGCCUACUGGCUGGACUACGGAAUGUCAUUUGUCGAAGGACCAGUUCAAUGGCGUCUUCCAAUAGGCUUUCAGGCCGUGUUUGCCCUCUGUCUUCUGAUACAGGUCUCCAUGCUCCCGGAUAGUCCUCGCUGGUGUAUGGCGCACGGUUUUGAGGCCGAAGGAGCUCAUAUACUCGCUCGACUCGAGGACAAAGAUUCGCCCGAUCAUCCCGAUGUUGUGUUAAAGAAAAAGGAGAUAGAGGUCUCGUUAGCUCAGGAGAGUGCUGGAGGUCCAUUCAGGUAUCGAGAAUUGCUACAAGGCGGAAAGAUUGGAAACUUUCGAAGAAUAUGCCUCUGCAGCGGAGUCCAAGUAAUGCAACAAUUUAGUGGCGCGAACAUGAUCAAUUAUCUUGCACCCGUUGUUUAUCAGAACACGAUGGGCAUGUCUCGAAAUCUUUCUUUGAUCUUGGGCGGUGCAACCGCUUGCACGUUCAUGCUCGCCUCCUUUAUUCCUCUCUGGACCGUUGACCAUUAUGGACGAAGAGCUCUACUGAUGAUCUCCGCUGCGGGUCUAUCCCUAUGUUUCAUCCUCACUUCAGCGUUGUUAUCAACUGGCACCCGACCAGCCGCUUUCGGAGCCACAGCUAUGAUUUUUCUGUUCCAGAUAUUCUUGGGCAUUGGGUUCCUGCCUAUUCCAUGGUUGUAUCCAGCUGAGAUCUCGACUACGAGGAUUCGUGCUCGAGGCGCAGCAGUCUCUGCCUUUUCGAAUUGGAUGUCAACUUUCAUCAUUGUUGAGAUCACACCUAUAGCAAUUGCGAAUAUCGGUUGGCGAGUCUUCGUCAUCUUCGCCAUCCUGAAUGCUCUAUGGGUCCCGAUUGUCUAUACCUUCUUCCCCGAGACGAAGGGCCUUGAACUAGAGGAUAUAGACCAUAUCUUCGACCAAGGUAGUAUCACUGGAGGUGUUUGGUCUAGCCCUGGUGGUCGCACGAUACAGCGGAAGCGCGUCGACCAGGACAUUGAAGUGAAAGAAGAUGAUGGGAAGGAAGAUCGUCUUGCUCUGCGACCCACUCUCGUGUCAACUUGUGAUUUGACUCAUUGAUUUCAUUUUGGCCUAAUUCAAUAGAGACUCUUAGGUUGAUAUGCCUCUCGUGAUAAUAAGUCGUCGCAAUAUGCGUGCACCGAGACGCUAAGACGUUGAGACCUGAGAGUCAUUCUGAACCCAUGGUGUCUGUCGUGUUUCUCUUAACGUUCGUCGUUACAUAGCACGCCGGAGAACACUGUGCGCCUAGGUCAGUCACAUGCAAUCGCAAAGCUCCCAC